UGGAAAUGCUAGCUUGUAUUUGAAUGUAUUAAUGAUUUGAAUUCGUCGUUUGAAGGUUGAAGUUAUCGGAGAAGUAUCACUUUUGGCUCUUUCAAACAUUUUGAUCGUUAUCUAUGGACAGUAGCCGUGAACUAUCAGGAGAGGAACCCAGAUCUCCAUCUCCACGCCACGAAACGAGCAAGAUGCGUCUAUCACCUGACCGACCCAGUCAUCACCCAGCCCGACCCCCCGCAUCUCUGGCGUCGCAACCACUCCGCCCUGCUCAUUAUCAAGACGACGAUGAUAGCUACCGUACACACACCCCGCCACCGAGCCAACCGAGAACGAAGGGCUUCAGCAUCGAGAGCAUUCUCUCACCGACGGACAAGCAUCGGAAGUCGCGGAGAUCACCCCCGAUGUCGCCAUCCAGUCCGUCGAUGUCCAGCAAUGGGUACAGUGAAGGGCCCAUAUACGGCUCCACUCGACACCCACUAUCGGCGACCGUUCCGGGGUUGGGACGGGCGGCGUUGGAUGAGCUUGCCGCUCACCGAGCAGCGGCUCUCCAUAUCCCUUCUGCCGCACUCCCCUUCUCUCACCUAGCGCACAACCCUGCCUUUUAUGCCUGGAUGCACGGGGCAUCCUUCUUGCAUUAUCACGGCAUGCCGGCUUUCAACUCGCACCCACCGAUAGCCCAGCCACUAACCAACAGUAGCCGUCUCGCUAUGGCCAAGGAUAUCUCACCUCGACCAACUCAAUCCCAUAGCAGCUUCGGCGAGGAAGGCGGCGAGAAAGACAGUCGUGAUCGCGAAUCGCCCGAUUCCGAACACCGUCGAAAUAAUGGACACGAAGAAGACGAUGAUGACGACGACGAUCAAUCGCCGCAAAAGAAGAAGAAAAAGACGAGAACUGUCUUUUCGCGAAGUCAGGUCUUUCAACUUGAAUCGACGUUUGAAGUGAAGCGGUACCUGUCUAGUUCUGAGCGGGCUGGACUAGCAGCGAAUCUUCACCUGACGGAGACCCAGGUCAAGAUCUGGUUCCAGAACCGUCGCAACAAGUGGAAGCGACAGAUGGCCGCCGAGCUGGAGUCGGCCAAUCUGGCUCACGCCGCCCAGAUACGCGCUCAGGCAAACCUCGCGCAGGUCAGCGCUGCGCAUGCUCAUGCGCAUGCGCAGCGUAUGGUCCGCGUACCUAUACUCUAUCACGAGAAUCAUCCCACCACGGGUUCGAGUCUGCACUCGCCUAACAUCUUGCCUUUCCCGAUGCCGUACCCCGGUUCGUAUCAUCAAAUCAGCUCGUCAACAUCGUCUACAUCAUCAGCGAGAUCGCCCACGUCAACCAGUAUUGUGACAUGAAGUGUGACCCGUUGAUAAUGGAACAAUGCUAUUCGUAUAAAGAAGGCAACUUUCCCGGAUUCU